AGGCGCGUUCUGAGUUUAAAGUCUCGGAAGCGAGGGACGUUUGAAAUUAAACAAGCGACUCCGAGCUACGUUGAUAUUUCCACAUUCGCUAUCGUACAUAUAUUUAUUUAUUUUAAAAGACAAGCGUUAGUUGUGUCGACGUUUCUGGAUAUAUAUAUAUUUUUUUUUCUUUAAUCACUACUUUUUUCCCUUAUGUCCGCUGCCGUGAAAAACCGUAAUCUAGCAAGGUUAACGUCGCCUGCCCACCAUCGAGCUUUUUCUGGAGUGGUUCCUUGGCGUCGCAUUGUACUAUAAUACACUUGGACUAUGGAGGUUGCUGGCAGGCUCAAAACACUAAAUGACCCGAAGGCUCAGAGGCCUGACGUGAAGCUAACUGAAGAUGGACCGAUGCGUCUCCCCAUGUCCCACCAGUCGCAUACGGCUUCUAAGCAUUUAGUUGCACCGUCCCAGCAACCGCAACGUGUUCUGUCAGUGUCCAAUGGACCUCAGCGCUUUGUGCAGCCGUUAAAACACAUCAAGUCCGCACCUCACCUCCUCAAUGCCGCAAAGGCCGCUCAACCAGUCGAUCAGAAUGUCAAACCGGCGACCACGAAUGUAAAUACGCAAUCCAAACCUGCUGUCCAGCGAAGCCAACCCAAGAUGAAUGAGCCCAAGGUGAACCUGGGGAUGGCAAAACCUGCUGCAGGAACCACUAAACCAGCAAUGGCCAUAUCAGCAAAACUUGCAACAGGAGCUGUGAAACCUGAGAUGCCACAGAACAAGCCGGCCAAGAAAGAUUCUGUAGACUCGUCGUCAUCAAAGAGCAGGAAGCGGUGGAGCCUGGAGAGCUUUGAAAUCGGCCGUCCGCUCGGAAAAGGCAAGUUUGGCAACGUCUACCUAGCCAGAGAGCGAGAGACCAAAUUCAUCCUGGCCUUGAAGGUGCUUUUCAAAAAGCAGCUGGAGAAGGCGGGUGUGGAGCACCAGCUGAGGAGAGAGGUGGAGAUCCAGUCUCAUCUCAGGCACCCCAACAUCCUGCGACUUUACGGUUAUUUCCACGACGAGUCACGAGUGUAUCUCAUUCUUGAGUACGCGCCCAAGGGCGAGCUCUUCGGUGAGCUGCAGCGCUGUAGAUUUUUCACUGAAGAUCGCAGUGCCACCUACAUCAUGGAGCUGGCGGACGCCCUGGACUACUGCCACUCGAGGAAAGUGAUCCACAGGGACAUUAAGCCCGAGAACCUCCUGCUGGGCGGCAACGGGGAACUGAAGAUCGCUGACUUCGGUUGGUCCGUUCACACGCCCUCGUCCAGGAGGUCUACUUUAUGCGGAACACUGGACUAUUUGCCCCCCGAAAUGAUCGAAGGGAAGACCCACGACGAAAAGGUGGACCUGUGGAGUCUCGGCGUGCUUUGCUACGAGUUCCUGCUCGGGAAACCUCCGUUUGAAACCAAAUCUCAUGAGGACACGUAUCGCAGGAUAUCCAGGGUGGAGUACUCGUACCCCUCGCAGUCCAGCGUCAGCGUGCUGGCCAAGGAUUUGAUUUCGCUCCUGCUGAAGCACAACCCCGUGCACAGACUGCCCAUACGAGGGGUUCUCGCUCACCCCUGGGUGGUCCAAAACUCCACCAAGAAGCCCACCACCCACGCCGCGGAAGAACCCGGCAACUGAUGCAAAUCUUUUCAUGUUGACGUAAUUGUGUACAGGCAACUUGAGCCACUCUUAUCCUUUCCUCCGGUUUCCCUACCUGUAAAUAUUUCACUGGUUUAUCUUCUAAUAUGUAAGAAAUGUAUUGGCUUUUAUUGAGAUGUCGUUACUUGAAAUAAAAUGAAUAAUGUUCGUGCACUUUCCCCACCGCCCAGAUUUUUUUGCUGGGAGUGCUGUUUCGUCUUUGGACAGUAGGGGCCGCCAGUGCACCAUUAUUAGUAAUGCGGGUUGGGACGUUUCCCCGCUGUCUUUGUGCCCCGAUUGCGUCGGAAGCUCCAAUAAAAAUCUUAAAACCUUA